GAAUCCAUUCUUCACACACGAUAUAUAAGCUGCCGCUUCUCGGUCAGUGACCAGUUUGAGAGAAUCCUCGGUGAUAUCAGUACGUGGGCUUUCUUUCACUGGCAGGUACAGUAUUUCAACGCCUAAACCGCUUCAUCGGGACAGCUACCAAAUCGAACUCCAAGAUGCAUCUUACGUGCACGGUGGUGAAGGUGGUGAUGGUGGUCGGGAUGUUGAUGGUGAUGACACCAAACUCUGACGCAUUGAGUGGAAAAACACCUCCCGGUCCGGGGCUGUUGGGGAGCUUUACGCAGUUGAAAAGGGUAGUGAGCGAUUUCUUUAGAUCGAGAUCGGCGGCUGAGAUGAUCAGCGAAAAGGAAGGCGGACUCUACCAGUUAAACCUCGGUUUAUCAAAGAUCUGCUUCAUCAACUCCAGGGGAUUCAGGGAUGAAGCGUUUUUGGAGAAGUAUCACCUCUUCUCCGAUCGUGGGGUCGAGUCAAACAAGAAGCAGCUACCAGAAGAGCUCAUGCAGUGGCGAGGUACUAUACGAGACAACGGCGCUGCUUCGGAGGAGGCACGAGCCUUUGUCAACAGUACCCUCAAGGAAACGUCGUACCUGAGAACCACCGUCGAAACUCAAAUCGAAGAAGCCAUCGCCUUCUUCGACGAUGAAUUGACGGGGGCAAUUCCCAGCGAUUUAGUCGUCCCUAAAAUGAUCUUCAGGGAGCACGUACUGGACGUGAUGACCCGUAUAGCGUUCGAUACAGCCGGUCAUAGAAAUACAAUCAGCGGCCAGUGGCAGUUCCAGAAAUUCUUUGAGGACGUCGAUGCUCUCAGUAACAGUGUCUUGUUUCAGCCAGGGUUUAUAUCUACUGUCCUGCCAAACACUAAAGUAGAUGACUACGAAACCAACCUGGUAGGUGUGGCCAAAUACCUCAAAGAACGAGCGGAAGAGGCCAUCUACACGAACCGUGAAACCAGCCUCGUGCAACGUUACAGCGAUUUCUUUUUGAAGCGUGAGUCGUCCAUUGCCCAACCAGAGGACGGAUGGCGACUUAUGUAUGACUUCUUUACGGCCGGUGUCAACACCGUACCCGAGGUCAUAACAUGGGACAUCUACUACCUGGCAAGUGACCUGGACCUCCAAGACAAGAUUCGCCAGGAGAUGAAGAACUUUGGCACCGACGUUACGUACGACGAUCGCACGAGUCUUCCACGGACGAUGUCCUUCCUGACCGAGGUCCAUCGCCUUCGCCCAGUUGCUACCUUGGGAAUACCCCAUGCGGCGUCCGCAGACGGCACGAUCGGUGGUUAUGCCAUCGACAAGGAAACUCUCAUCAUUCCAAACCACUGGGCCAUGCACAACGACCCUGCCGAUUGGCAAUCUGAUCCACAGGUCUUUGACGCUACGAGAUUCUUGAAACUCAACGGCAAUGACCUGACCUUUGACUCGGACAAAGCCCGUAUCGUCACCCCAUUUUCUGUCGGUCCAAGAUCCUGUCCCGGCCAGGAAGUUGCCGCAGGACCAUCUUUCUGA